AUGGCAGCUGUAAGUGGAUCAUGUGACUUCUGUCUGUGAAAAUGCAAGCUGGGGGUGUCCAGCUGAAAUGUUUACUCUUUGUUUUCGUCGUUUUUUUGCACAUUCUUUACAGUAGUUCCCAGCUGAACGAGCUGCAGGUAUGUGAGCGGUGUACGGGGAAGGUCCCCAAUUCUUCCGCAGUGGGACAGUUCUGCUCCUCAUCCGCUGGUCGGAUAAACAGACGUUGCUGCGUCAGCAAUGGCAACGCUGGUGACCCUGAACGCAUCACCGGGCUGGAUUUGUCCAAUUGUUCGCUCACUAAAGUGGAGGGUCUCCAGGAAGCUUCGACUGCAGUAAUCCUGGAUCUGUCCGACAACCCCAUUGUCAACCUGAGCGAGUCAACCUUUCAAGGCUUUGUGAUGUUAAAUUAUUUAAUCCUGCCACCAGAUGUAGCUUGUCCUGGAGGGGAUGCAUCCUGGGACAGGUUAGAGAGUAACAACCGCAGUCGCCUUUGUGGGGGCCAGAAGAACACAUGCAACCAGACAGGACAGCUGUCCAACACCUGUCCAGAGUUCUCCCUCUGUGAGCCCAACGGCCCGGGCCUGUUCAACUGCAGCUGUGAUGAGGGUCACCAUGGCUACAAGUGUCUGAGAGAGGGCGAAUUCCCAACUGUCCAGGUGUUCGCACCUCUGGGAGCGUCUACGGUCGUGAUCUCGUUCCUGCUUUGGGUCAGUCAACGACGAAAAGUCAAGUCCAUCUGAGGCUGGGUGCACAGAUCUUCACCUGAUGUUACUGAUUCUGCACUGACUAUUUUAAAAGGAGCUACUAAGUUAUUUGUUUUAGUACUGUAAUGCACAUGUACAUUUUGAAAACCUGCCGUUCCAAUUUUGGAUCAGAAAUCUGUGUUGAGAUAAAUCCACAUUUUUAAUGUUUUUAAAACAUUGUAAGCCAAGGUUGAAACUCGAUCGUGAUCAAGGUGUUUAUUAUUGCAGCCUAGUUGUGAGGUAGAUUGUAUCUGAUGUUGAACAAGAGGAGAUAUGGUGCAAUAUGGAAUCAUAAAAUGACAGCUUCUGUCAUGCAUUCCUGAGGAUUUAUCAGUGAUUAUUCCUCUAUACUAUACUGUAGAGGGAGGUGUAGGCCAGUGUGCACUAAAAAGAUUUCAAACAGUUCAUCAGUUUUGUUUAUGUUUAAAAUUUAAAAUUGCUGACUUCAUAAAAUGACAGUUUCUGUCAUGCAUUCUCGAGGAUUCAUCAGUGAUUAUUCCUCUAUACUAUGCUUGCCAGUAGAGGGUGUAGGCCAGUGUGCUAUAAAAAGGUUUAUAAACGGUUUAUCAGUUUUGUUUAUGUUUAAAACCAUGAGAUUUAUUCGAUUCCGAACUCAAAUAAGUGAAUCAUAAUCAUUUUAUUCUGACAAGUGAUCAUCUGGUGGUGGUCCAUAUUUUGAUGAUUUUUAUUCCUCUUUAGUGUGUACAUUUGAAAUGGUACCGUUUUAUAAACUGUAACUGACAUGUGUCCUUUUUGCCUUUUCAUUUUUCAGUUUAAACUGAACAUAUGGCUGUGGCAUAACCACCGUAUCAGUUGUGGAACCAUGUUUAGUCCGUCAUUUACUUGUUUAAAAAUAUGAGCGUGGUAUUUAAUUGAUAUUUAUCGUUUAUUGUACCGCCACCUGCAGGAAAUGACACGCACAAUGAAGUGGGUAUAUUUGGGAUGAUAAGAUUUAUUUGCAUGCUAAAAGCACCGCCUUCUUUGCACCCCUCAUGCUCACUGGUCAAUGUUCUUCACCCGGAGCACCACCGGCACCGACGUGCACGGGAUCAUUCCAAGAUCGGUGAUGACUAGGUCCACAAAGUCAGGCGGCGUCACAUCGUAUACCAGGUUGAGGAGACCCAGUUUGGGCACAGCCUGCCAUUGCUGCAGCUGCGUCUUCCCUUUGCGGGUCACGAUCAGAUCGUCGGGGUCAUCUAGAAAGAUCGAAUUAAAGUUGAACACCAUCUUCUCACGACAGAGCAAUGUCGACAUACCAAGUUCAUUGGAGACAAAGGAGUCCGUCUGCACCCGAUCACAGAACUUAUACGUCUCACAGCAGACGAGUACAGGCACGUUGAAAGCUUUGGCCACCAGAGCGAUCUGAGACGUCCCCACACGUGACAUCACGUAACCGUUGGCCAGCAAGGCGUGAGCGCCCAAGAACACCUUGGACACCUUCCAGGAGAAGAUGAAACCAUCAGGGUAAAAGGUCAGAAUGACACUGGUUCCAGAAUCCUAACCUCUGGAAGGAUGUAGGACACAGCUGAGAUGAGGACGUAGGUGCAGCUGAUGCCUCUCUGGACAAGGCGCCUCAAGGUCUCUCUGCCUUCCAAACGCGGCCGACUGUCAACGACUAUCACUCGGAACUUCCUGCUUUUCUCGAAGGCCUCACAGAGGAUGUGGUUGACCAGUGAUGAGCUAAGGAAAAAUUCCAGAGAGUGAAAAAGGACUGCAUGUUGCAAGACUCGGGAGGUAGCAAAACUUUCUUAUUUUUCUUUAACUAUAUUUGGCCAUAUAACAUGAGCGACAUAUCCUGAAACAACCCCAAACCCCUGGCUGACCCCUGUGGAACGCCACGCUUAGUGUAAGAAACAUAAUAAAAAGAAAACAUGAAGAGAUUUCAAACAACUGAUGACUGCAAAAACAAGUGUACCAUGUGACGCACAUAGUCCGCAUUGCCAGUUUGUCACUGUCCAGCAGCUGUGCUGUAAUUUCCUGCCUAGAUAUUUGACAUGUUUUGACAACUUUC